AAAUGCGAUACGUAAUUCUCAUUCAUUGAGCUCUAGCUAGCUCUGCGCUUUUAGUCAUUUUCUCAUUCAAAAUGGCGUGUCGCAUGGUGUGCGAAGCUAUGCUACGGGCUGGUUUGGAUUUAGGGGUCAUUCAAACCAGGGGAUUCGGUACCGCAGUUGCUUUGUGCCGCCGUGCUGCUCCACGGGGUCCAAUGCCAAAUGAAGACAUUCAGUUCACAGAGUUGGAAUCACUGGAGAAAUAUCGCAGUUACAGACGUUACAUGAAGACGGCUGAGGAAGCUAAGAAGAAGAAAGUCUGGUGGAGAACAUACAGACAGUGGCUGGAGCAAGAAAGGGGUGACCGUGCUCUCGAGCUGGUUGACAUUGGGCUGCCCCACUGCCACACCCCUUUCAGCAAACAGAUAAAGGAGAGGAGGGCACUAAUGAAGGAGAAUCAACGCAACCCAGAGCUGGAGAAGGACAUGCGUCACCAAACUUUUCGUAUUCCUCUAGACCGAGUGAAGGCUGAAUGGGAGCGCACCUGCGGGCCUCAUCAGCUGCAGACGCUGGCUAAUCACUACGGCAUCUACCAGGAUCUAUUCCCAGGAGCCCACUUCACUCCAAGAGUCAUGCUACGCAUCGCGUAUGGAGAGGAGGCUAGUGCACAGGUGCAUUACGGGAACCAUGUGACCCCUGCACAGGCUGCGACUGCUCCUCAUGUGACAUUUGAAGCGGAGGAAGAUUCUCUCUGGACCCUCCUGCUCACCAGCCCAGAUGAGCAUCUUCUGGACAGUGAAGGGGAGUAUGUACAUUGGCUGAUAGGGAAUAUUCCAGGCAAUGCAGUGCAGUCGGGAGAGGAGGUGUGUCACUACUUCCCACCAUUCCCAGCCAAGGGCACUGGAUUUCACAGAUUGGUGUUCCUCCUCUUCAAGCAGGAUGCCCCUGUCAACUUUGAGGAAGACUGCCGGUCCUCGCCCUGCCACAGUCUGAAGCAGAGGACGUUCAAGACUCUGGAGUUCUACAGGAGGCAUCAGGAUGUGAUCACUCCUGCGGGCUUCGCCUUCUUCCAGUGUCAGUGGGAUGACUCCGUCACGAACACGUUCCACGCGCUGCUCAACAUGAAAGAGCCGGUUUUUGAGUUUGAGCGGCCCCCUGUCUACCACCCCCCUCAGAAGAAGUACCCCCAUGGACAGCCCCUACGAUACCUGGACAGGUACCGAGAUGGACACAAGCCGACCUAUGGCAUCUACUGACCCUCACUCACGUCAGCUCUAGGAGGGGCACAUGCCAAGCAGUGUUGUACAUUAUUUACAUGUGCUUUAUUUCAAAUAAAUACUAACAUUAUGGACUCAA